CCAGAACUCAUUGAGUGCACCCAGUGCUAUCUAUAUGACCAACUCAACCCCAAUGCAGAGAUGUCUGGAGCCCAUGUCAGUCUUUGUCAAUGUCCAUCCUUUGAUGGUGACAUCGAGGUGUUUAACUCUGCAUCAGCCACCUGCUAUGCACCAAGCAAUCAUUCAGGACAUGGCAGAAUGCACUGCGAUGUCAUAUGCUGUAUACCAUGGUGGCAGGGUGGGUCAGCAUGA